AAAGAGAAUGCCAGUACUAGAACCCGUACCUUUACCAGAAUAUGACGGUGUCACUUAUAUAUCACUGAGAGCUUUCAGAGAGAAAGGCCCAGAACAAACAAUAAAGGAUGUCAAAGACUUCCAUUCAAGGGAAACGGAUAUUAUCAUUUGUACUUACCUUAAAGCAGGCGUUCAUUGGCUUGAUGAAAUUAUAGCAAUGUUAGUAAACAGAACUACAACCCUUGCUUCUGGAACGAAAGGUCAAAGAACGCUGGAGGGAAUACCGGAGUUAUCUGUCUUAGAUUCUCUUCCGUCACCCAGAAUUUUAAACACUCAUUUGUCGUUUAAGUAUAUCCCUACAAAACACGUGCAAAACAAGGGGAAAAUUGUUCAUAUGAUCCGAAAUCCUAAGGAUAUAUGUGUUUCUCUUUAUCACCACGCUAAGAAAGACGUUGUGAUGAAUUACGAUGUUCCAUGGGAUACAUAUUUUGAGAAUUGGAUGUCUGGAAAAGUAUUCUAUGGUUCCUGGUAUGAUUACGAAUUGGGAAUGGAGGAGGCUUCUAUACAACACCCGGGAAUGAUUUAUACCUGUUAUUAUGAAGACUUCAAAAGGGAACCUAGAAACCAAAUAAGAAAACUUGCAGAUUUUCUUGACAUAAAUGUUUCGGACCAAAUAUUAGAAAGCAUAACAGAAGAAACUUCGUUUGAAAAUAUGAAGAGCAAAAAAACUGAUAACACCAAGUUCGUCAACAUGAAAGAAGCGGAAGGAUUCAUUUACAGGAAAGGAGACAUAGGAGACUGGAAAACUCAUUUUACUGUUAACCAGAAUAGCAGAUUUGAUACACAGUUCAAAGACAGAAUGAAGGAUAGUAAAUACAAUAUAACAUUUGAAUAAAAAGUUUAAUGUAGGGAUGAUGAACAUGGAAUUGAAAGACUUUUUAUAAAUACAUGUAUUGUAUGCAUAUUGGUAAAUAUUAUUUAUUCUAAGUAGAUUAUCGUUAAGCACAAACAUUGAGUCAUUAACAUUAAAUUGAAUAUUUUCUCUUC